AACACGCGCCGAGCCGUUUGGUUCGAAGUGCAAAAUUUAAAAGGUUCCAUUAUGGCUCUGGCAGGAGUGCGUGUAAUAGAGCUAGCGGGCCUGGCCCCUGCGCCCUUCUGCGGGAUGAUACUGGCCGACUUCGGUGCAAGGGUGAUCCGGGUAGAUCGGACAAAGGUGCCAAUGACUGUAGAUACUCAAGCAAGAGGCAAACAAUCAGUGGCCUUGAAUCUAAAGAACCCCAGAGGUGUCGCUGUUUUGAAAAGACUGUGUGUCCAGUCAGAUGUGGUUCUGGAGCCCUAUCGUAAAGGUGUUAUGGAAAAGAUGGGAUUAGGUCCUGAAGAUUUACUUAAAGAGAACCCGCGUCUGAUUUACGCACGGCUCACCGGCUAUGGUCAGAGCGGAUCCUAUGCCAAGGCUGCCGGGCAUGAUAUCAACUACCUGGCCAUGUCAGGGUUGCUGUCCAUGCUGGGCCGUAGCUCGGAGAAGCCCUACGCUCCAUUGAAUUUGGUGGCAGACUUUGCUGGAGGUGGUCUCAUGUGUGCCUUUGGGAUUGUGUUGGCUCUCCUGGAAAGAAGCAGGUCAGGACAAGGCCAGAUCAUUGAUGCCAGCAUGGUUGAAGGUGCAGCAUAUGUCGGCUCCUUCAUGUGGAAGUCCCGAAGCCUCGGCCUGUGGAAUCGUCCACGUGGGGAAAACUUGCUGGAUAGUGGUGCUCCGUUCUAUGACACGUACCGUACGUCUGAUGGAAAGUACAUGGCAGUGGGAGCGAUUGAGCCUCAGUUCUAUCAACAGCUUAUUCAAGGUUUGGGCUUAUACGAGGCUGACCUGCCCGCACAAAUGAGUGUAUCGGAUUGGCCGCAGCUAAGGCAAACAUUCACCCGGGUGUUUGCCAGCAAGACGCAGGAGGAGUGGAUUCGAGUCUUUGACGGGACAGAUGCCUGUGUCACCCCUGUGCUGUCUUUUGAUGAGGUACUCUCUCACCCCCACAACCAGGCACGGGGGUCAUUCUUCAAGGACUCUCAGGGGGAAAUUAGCCCUCGACCUGCACCCGUUCUGUCCCGCUCCCCUGCGGAGCCCUGUCACUCCCGGGACCCCUUCAUCGGAGAGCACACUCGCUCAGUGCUGAAGGAGUACGGGUUCGAGCAAGCACAAAUAGAACAGCUCUUAUCUGCCGGUAUUGCAGAGUGUAACGAAGCCAAAGCGCGUCUGUAAAUCAAAGACUCUGACUGGAGAAUCAUUAAACUCUGUGGCCAAUGAUGCAGCGCGGGAAUCUGAGCUCUUGAACUCCUCCGUCUUGUUGAGUGAGUGUGAGGGGGCAUUUCAGAACAAAAUUACCGUCCCUUGUGAAUCACUGGGUGCUGCAGUGGACUAAAUGAUCCUGGGCUUUUGAGUAAAAAAUUACUCAAAAUUAAACUAAUUUGUAAUUGCAGCAUAAUUAAAGCCUAUUGCAAACAUUAUGUCUUAAUCUUAACAUCCAAAAAUAUUUGUCAGUAAUUGCAUCAUUCUUUCAGCAAAGAUAUUUCACAUUCACUUCUUUUAAGACCAUUUUGAAUAAAUGGUAUGGUUGAAGGCAUUUUAUUUACAGUUGAUUAAAGUGUACCACUUUUGGUUGUGAAUUGAAAUACUUGACUAAUAAGUGUCUUCAGCAAGAAGUGCUCAGUGUGAGUCAUAGACUAAUUAAUAGAGUGAAAUAUUUGCCUUUGCCUAAUUAUUAGGGAGUGCUGAUGACCUAAGAUAAUGGUAUGAGGAUAAAACCAAUUAAUGAUUCAGCUUAAGGUGAAGAUUUCUGCCAUAAUAAUAUAACUUGUAUUAAAGUGUAACAUUUGGUGAA